CCUGAGACACACCUUAUGUCUCAAUCUCAUUCUCAGUCCGAAGAUCUAGAGAGCUGGUACCGCUCUUUUCUCCCGGCUACCACAGCUAGCACGAGUGAGGACGAGGCGCAUCUAGUCUACUCAUACCGCCACGUGUUUAAGGGAUUUGCUGCUAGGCUUUCGCCCAACCACGUCAAAGAUAUGGAGAAGAAGAAAGGAUUCAUCUCAGCACGGCCUCAGAAACCGAUGUCUCUGCACACAACACACUCUCCCAGCUUCUUGGGGUUGAACCAGAACACAGGUUUCUGGAAACACUCAAAUUAUGGAAAAGGUGUGAUUGUUGGAGUGUUGGACACCGGAGUACUUCCUGAACAUCCGUCCUUCAGCGACAAAGGGAUGUCUCCGCCGCCAGCUAGGUGGAAGGGAAAGUGCCAAUUCAACCACACAACGUGCAACAAAAAAAUUAUAGGAGCAAGAUACUUCAGUGCUAAGGACCAAAGCCCAAUAGAUGAUGACGGCCAUGGCACGCACACUGCCAGCACUGCUGCUGGGAAUUUUGUUGAAGGGGCGAAUGUUUUUGGCAGUGCCAAUGGGACAGCUGCGGGCGUUGCACCACAUGCUCAUCUAUCCAUCUACAAAGUAUGCUGUGCUGAAGGUGAUAUCCUUGCUGGGUUGGAUGCAGCUGUUGAAGAUGGAGUCGAUGUGCUAUCACUUUCUCUAUCCUUGGACUCAGGAGGCUUGUAUGAAGAUGCUAUUGCAAUCGGUGCAUUUAGCGCGAUGGAGAAGGGCAUCUUUGUUAGCUGCUCAGCUGGAAACGGCGGUCCAGGGCUCACAUCCGUAUUAAACGGGGCGCCUUGGAUUCUCACAGUCGGAGCAAGCACCAUAGACAGAAAAGUAGGAGCAAGAGCAAUGUUGGGAAAUAACCAACAAUUUGAUGGCCAGUCAGCUUUUCAACCAAGGAAUGUUCCUAAAAAGCACUUCCCGCUUGUUUAUGCAGGGAUGCUCAACGCUUCCGACGAAUAUGCGCUUAACUGCUUCAACGACUCACUCAGCCAAAGCGACAUCCGAGGGAAAAUAGUGGUGUGUGAGUGUGAAUAUGGCAUAUUAACACCAGUCGAAAUGGGGGAAGCAGUGAAGAGUGGUGGUGGUGCCGGCAUGAUUGUCUUAAACUCUAAGGCAUACGCAAACACCACCUUCUCGGAAGCCCACGUCCUUCCGGCCACACACCUCAACUAUGCAAACGGGUUGAAGAUCAAAGCUUACAUAAAUUCAACAAGAAAUCCCACCGCAAUAAUUUCUUUCCACGGCACAUUGAUAGGCAAUGAUCAUCACGCGCCUGCCGUUGCUGGAUUUUCUUCCAGAGGACCUAACUAUCCAAGCCCUGGAAUCCUGAAACCCGACAUUUUAGGCCCUGGAGUCAAUAUUUUAGCAGCAUGGCUGUAA